CGCCCCCUCCCUGUGCUUUGCUGUCGUCUCUCAGCUGGCCAGCUUCAUUAAUAGUGGAGUUUCAGGGUUGGAGUGCAAUGGCUGUGGAGUUGCGCUCUAGUGUAAAAUAUGGCACCGUUUUGUCUUUCACCGUGCUUCUGCUCGCCUACUGGUUCCGCUCCCCUCAGUCGGUGCUGGACGAUCGGCUGGGAGCUGUGCUGUCCUCUUUACUCCGCGCUGAACGGAAAGUGGGAAUGAAUAACAUCGCCAGACCCAGAGUGGCCAUAGGGUUCGGGGGCUGUGUGGACAUUAUUGUGGAUGGUGUGACAUUGCUGAACAAGAUUGGACUGCAGCCAACUGAUCAGCCUCUGCAUCACGACUACAUUGAGAAUGCGGAACAGCUCGCUCAGAGUUUUGCCUACUUUUUUGCACCGGGAGCAGCUUCUGAGAGGCUGGUGGUGAACGACACACUCUUCAGUCAGCUGGUGGAGGCCUCUCGAGAGUUGCCAGGAAACCGCUGGUCAGUUGGAGGUAAUGCACCGGUGAUGGCAGGCAGGAUGGCCAGCGAGGGCUGUGAUGUGCUACUUGGUGGCAGCUUCAGCCCUGACUUUAAUGACUACCUCUCUGAACAUAUCACAGUGGCAGGUAACACAGUGGAGGAACCAGAUAUUCAUCUGAUCCUGGAGUAUCCCUCUGGGGCAACAUGGGGGCCGUACACCUCCCGAAGAGCAAACAGGUAUAUUGUCCACAGUGAUGACCACAACCCAUACUUAGACUCGAUUGAAGAGUUUGACAAGAAGCUGCAGAGCUUUGAGCCUGACCUGCUGGUGGUGGGAGGCCUUCAGAUGAUGGACAACUUUCCAUUCAAGCAAGGAGAGCGUGAGGCUCUGCUGAAUCGCCUGGCUCAUCUGCUGUCUUCAGCUUCACCUCAGACCAACGUGCAUUUUGAAAUGGCCAGCUUUGUUGAUGAGGCUCUGAUGUCUAACCUGCUAGAGCUUGUGCUUCCUCAUGCUGAUUCUCUGGGCAUGAACGAACAGGAACUGCCUAACCUGUUGAGCCUUUUUCGUGGCAGCACUGUGACCGUGCUGUCAGACCCCAACCCUCGUGUGGCCACCGUGUUGGACCAGAUGCGCGAGCUUUACCGCAUUGUGAAUCUCAGGCACAGGCAGACCGGCCGCGGUCGAGCCCUCACCAGGCUACACGUUCACACUCUGGCCUUCCAGGCGAUGAUUGUCACGCACGGCUCUCAGUGGAAGAACACCAUGUCAGCCACGGCCAAGGCCUCACUCACCGCCAACCGGCACGUGUGCGGCUCAGCCGACAUCGACCCCAGCAAGGCACGCCUCAUCUUGGACGAAUCAUUCUCUGUAAGCAGGAGGGAAGGAAGCCAGAGAAUUCCCCUCCAGGAAUCCCGGCCUGUUUCCUGCUGGGCCGAGGACGAAUAUGAGAUCUGUGUGGCUCCCGUGCUCGUGUGCACUGAGGUGUAUCAGACUGCCGGGGGAGGAGACAACAUCUCUGCUGCUGGCCUCGUGCUUCAGAUCUAACAGAGCAGAAGGGAAGUGAACUCUGAAUCGCUAGCCCCAUUGUGCAAACAUCCCACAUAUAUGAAGACUUUUAUGUUAAGCUAUAGUCUUACAAAUCAAGUGCAACAUUAUUGUUGGAUUCCGAAAUUCUACAGUUCAUUCUGUCUUUGUUUUGGUUGCGUGCAUAUGAAACCUUCAGAUGUGUGUUUAAUUUAGUGCCAGAGCAUUUGCAUAUCUCUGGGGCCAGUCAUCUCUUACUUAUUCACCAAAAUGCUGGAAACUUUAAAGGGGAUUGGUUUAAACCCUUUAUCUAUAGUCACCAAGAAUUAAAAGAUUUUUUAAAAAUUAUUUUAGUUUUUAGUCCUCCUUUUAAUGGAGACUUUUUGUUCUUAAUUGAAUUUGCCACAACAUACCUAUAACCAAUGCUUUGCAUUGCUGCAUAUACUAUUUGACCACUUGCAAAAAAAGACUCUUACUUCACAUCUGUUCUUUGCUUCUCAGCAUUUUGUCUUUUUUUUUUUUUUUUUU